CUAGCUCUUCACUCCAGGUAUGGUGUACGCUGCUAUGACUCCCAGAUGAUACACCCGAGUUGUGCCGGCACCACCAGGCUCUGCUGCACUGAGUUCUCAGCAGUGAUUGCCUAGCAACAGUACCAGUCGAGAAGUGUCCUGUGUUACGUGCCAGAAGAAGUCCUGUCCAUUUGCCGAGUACUGCCGAUGCCUCACUCAAGGGCACCAGCAGGUUGUGCCCCAGGUUGAGUGAACCCUGCAGUGACUACUCCACAAUGACUGUUUCACCAUUCCAGAUGAGACCAUACCCUGAUAUGUCAUAGCUCAGGCACAGCAAUGUCUCCUGAUGUGUUACAGAAUCUGUCCAGAUGCAGGAAGGCAUGCAGUGACACCCACCAAGGCUCAAUGUUAUGGACCAAGAUGUUCUAGCACACCCCUCUUUCUUUUAUCUUCCCUUCCAGUAGGAAUUUUUUUUUUGUCCAUGUCCACAUGAAUAUAUAUGUUUAUUUUGUGUUUUGUGCCCUGUUCCAACGAGAAAGAGACUUGAGUUUUUUUUUUCAGUUGGCACGGUCGAGGGCAAUUAUUAGGUAGCGUGAUCUGAGUAUGCCUAUGCAUUUCUAAUUGACAUACUUCCCACUAGAAGGAGUGCUGGCCAUGGCCUAGUUUUUAAAGUUUCCACCAGAGGGCAGGCACUAGAGUUCUACCCUCGCUGCUUUCCCUAUUCCUCACUUGGCUCCACCUCAUCCUAGAGACAAGAAGUGUACUCCCCCUCACUAUGCCGGGCCUGGCCUCAGGGUCACCUUAACAAUGGCUGAGCCUUAUACCUGAAGAAUUCAUUCAUGUUGGCAGCCUCCAGUGUCAUGAAGCUUAUAUGAAUGCCAGAAAUACACCACAUACUGUAUUGUGUAUCAGCGGUGUGUUUCAUGGUGUCAGAAAUGCUGCAUAUAUGUCAACAUCUGAAGCUGACUUCAACAUCCUGUUAAUACUGAUAUGGUAUGUUUUGGAAACAGUCAUUUUGUAACUAAAAGAUAUCUUGGAACUCUUUAAUGUUCCAGUUUGAUCAGAUAUUUACAAUAUAAAGCUUAGUAUCAUGUCAUUAAUUAGAAUGUAUCAAUACCUGAAAAUAAUGCAUCAUUAUUCUUGGUAAAACGUUUAUUUAUUACAUGUGCCAUUUACACAGUAAAUAAGUAUUCUUGGUCAUGUCAUUUCUCAACUCAUUGUCAGCUGUACUUUCAACAUAUAUAGAGUGUAUGUAUACACAUUGUCAGCCGUAAAUAUAACUUACACAACCUGUGUGUACUCAGUGUCAGCUCUAACUAUAACUUACACAGCCUGUGUGUGUACAAAGUGUACAAAUUACCUUGUGUUUAUUGUUAAACCUUGUAUAUGCAAAAAAAUUAAUUGGAAGUAAAGCAAUCAGAAUAGUGUAAAAUGUUAGGGGUUUUUGUUCACUUUGAGGAUGAGAACGAUAAAGAAAUCAUAUAAUUUGAUCUGUCUCUUAUAACAAAUAAUAUAGUGUAAGAAGACUGCAGCAUAGACAAAUGUUUCCCAUUUGAAUUCUAAAAAUUACUGGUAUAAAACUAUCUUUGUAAUGCAAAUUAUUUACUAACAAAUUUUUUAUCAACCCAUGUAGCAUACUCCAAAUACUUGUGAAAGUAAACAUUACUAAUAAACACUGAAAUUUAAGUUUAUACAGGAGGAAGCUUUAUCAGUGCUCAUUACCAAAAUAAAAAGUGGCAGUCUUGCACACUCCAAUCUAUUGAUUGCCUCAGCAAAAUUUGCCAUUGACUUUCCCAACAAUUACUGCCUCAAUGGCUCAGCCUCCAACAGUGAUUAUCCCAGCAACAACUGCCUUGAUGGCUCCACCUCCAGCAACAACUGCCUUGAUGGCUCCACCUCCAGCAUCAACUGCCUUGAUGGCUACACCACCAGCAACAACUGCUUUGAUGGCUCCACCUCCAGCAGCAACUGCCUUGAUGGCUACACCACCAGCAACAACUGCUUUGAUGGCUCCACCUCCAGCAGCAACUGCCUUGAUGGCUACACUGCCAGCAACAACUGCUUUGAUGGCUCCACCUCCAGCAACAACUGCCUUGAUGGCUACACCACCAGCAACAACUGCUUUGAUGGCUCCACCUCCAGCAGUAACUGCCUUGAUGGCUACACUGCCAGCAACAACUGCUUUGAUGGCUCCAUCUCCAGCAGUAACUGCCUUGAUGGCUACACCACCAGCAACAACUGCUUUGAUGGCUCCACUUCCAGCAACACCUGCCUCGAUGGUGCCACCUCCAGCAAUGAUUGAAUCAAGUGCCUCUUUGACCCAGUUUCCAGCCAAGAUUCACACCAGUGUUGUUAUGAAAAAAUCUGCAGUAAUGCAAAUGAGAGAUGAUGAAGAAGAGAAUACAUAUUGGUGUUCAAAAUGUUUUAAAAAAUUCUCAAACCAAGCUAACCUAGUGACACACAUGAGAAAUCACAAAAUUAAAAAAACGUAUCAGUGUUCGGAGUCCCUGAAAAAAAAUUUGGUCAAAUCUAAUCUAAUGAAACACAGAACACACAAAGCUAAGAAACCAUAUAAGUGUUCAGUUUGUAAAAAAAGAUUAGCAUGCAGAGCUACUCUAGUGACACAUAUGAGAAUUCACACUGGAGAAAAACCAUUUAAGUGCUCACUGUGUCUAAAAGAAUUUGCAUGCAGAUCUUAUCUAGUGAUACACAUGAGAUCUCACACAGGAGAGAAACCAUAUAAGUGUUCAGUGUGCCUUAAAAGCUUUGCUUGCAGUUCUUCUGUAGCAUCACACAUGAAAAUUCAUACAGGAGAGAAACCCUUUAAAUGUUCAGUGUGUCUAAAAGAAUUUUCAUGCAAAUCUUCUCUAGUGCCACACAUGAGGAUUCACACAGGAGAGAAACCAUAUAAGUGUUCAGUGUGCCUUAAAAGCUUUACUUGCAGUUCUUCUUUAUCAUCACACAUGAAAAUUCACACUGGAGAGAAACUUUAUAAAUGUUCCUACUGUCUAAAAGCUUUUCUAAGAAGAUCAUGUGUAGAGAAUCACAUAAGGUCCCACACAGGGGAGAUGCCCUUCCUGUGUUCAGUGUGUCAUAAAAAAUUUAGAUACAAAUCUUCUCUUGAGGCACACAUGAAAGCUCACACACAGCUUAAACCAUACCAGUGUUUGGUGUGUCUAAAAGACUUUUCAAGAAAAUCUGUGUUGGUGACACGUAUGCGAGCUCUAACUGAAACCAAACCAUAUCAGAACUCAGAGUGUCUGAAAUGUUUUAUGCAAAAAGCUAAUCAUGUUAGACAUAUACGGAUUGAUUCAGAAGUUAAACCAGAUCAGUAAUAAGAGACUUCAAGAUCUUUAAACAUAAUCUGAUCCCUUUCUCUUGUUCAAAGCUAAAUGCCCCUAACUUCUCACAACAGCAGAAAAGUGCUUGUAUCUUAUUUUCAUAACAUUAGUUUUGGUUACAAUAUACCUUUCAUUUGGUUUAGCUUUGAUAGUCAACCAGUGCAUACUAAUGAUGCUGACAAUGAUCACACAUGCUGUGUAAGGUUUAGGAAAUUUAAGCUGUAACUGGGCAGUAAUUAGAACUGAGGAGUUAAUGUCAGAUUCAUUCUCUGUGACAUAUGACAUUAUUUAUGUAAAAUUAAGUUUGUAGGAAGAUUUUUGAUUUUAUCAUAUAAGUUUAUGUUUGUUAAGAUUAUUUAUUGUGCUUUAAACCUUAACCUGCCCAGAUGUAGAUUUACGUUUGAUUUUACAUGCUUUAUGUGAAAAAACGUAGAUCUACAUUUGGAGCGCUACGCACGUCAAUGUAGAUCUACAUUUGGACAGUUUAAGGGUUAAGAGGUGAUUUAUAUUAGUGAGAAAGCUAAUUUUUGUAAAAGAAUUGAUUUCUGUCAGACACUUGAUUAAUGUAACAUUUCAAAUUUCUCUGAGGCAAAUGAUUUGUGUAUUGAUUCAUUAUUGGUGGGAAUCGGCCAGUGUCAUAAUAAAAAAAAUAUUUGUAAAACUUUGCAGUGCUUUAUGUCCAUUAGGGUUUAACACUUUUCAGAUAUAAAAUAAAACCAUAUCACAGUUUCUAAGAUUAAUUGUAAUCAACCUGUGCCAGUAACACAUGAGAACUAACACAUGAGAACUAACACGUGAGAACUAACACAUGAGAACUAACACGUGAGAACUAACACAUGAGAACUAACACAUGAGAACUAACACAUGAGAACUAACACAUGAGAACUAACACACGAGAACUAACACAUGAGAACUAACACAUGAGAACUAACACAUGAGAACUAACACACGAGAACUAACACAUGAGAACUAACACACGAGAACUAACACAGAACUAACACAUGAGAACUAACACGUGAGAACUAACACAUGAGAACUAACACGUGAGAACUAACACAUGAGAACUAACACAUGAGAACUAACACAUGAGAACUAACACGUGAGAACUAACACACGAGAACUAACACAUGAGAACUAA